AUGGAUAUUACUCUCUCCCCCCUCACCUCUGGAACUCUCUCCCCUCUCACCUCUGGAACUCUCUCCCCCCUCACCUCUGGAACUCUCUCCCCCCUCACCUCUGGAACUCUCUCCCCCCUCACCUCUGGAACUCUCUCCCCCCUCACCUCUGGAACUCUCUCCCCCCUCACCUCUGCAACUCUCUCCCCUCUCCUCACCUCUGGAACUCUCUCCCCCCUCACCUCUGGAACUCUCUCCCCCCUCACCUCUGGAACUCUCUCCCCCCUCACCUCUGGAACUCUCUCCCCCCUCACCUCUGCAACUCUCUCCCCCCUCACCUCUGGAACUCUCUCCCCCCUGAAGGGGUUCCCCCCUCAAAAACAUCACAGUGAACUCUCAGGAGACCCGGAGGAGCACGGCCGUCAGCCUCACGCUCCGGGACGAGGGAAGUUUGUGCCCGCGGAGCUGUCCGAGGCCGUGGAGAGAGCUCGCCGCCGCCGCGAGGAGGAGGAGCGCCGAUUGCGAGAUGAACGCCUGGCCGCCUGUGCCGAAAAACUGAAAAAACUCGACGAAAAGUUUGGCAAGAUCGAGAGGCAGACGUCCAGGACAGACGAGGCCUACGACGUCGAGGGGCGGGAGGUCACUCUCUCUCCCAACAGAGACCCGAGCAAAGGCCAUCAGGACCCCUGGCCCUACAGCACAAAAGAUGGACUCGAGAGCGCCGCAGAUAACGCCUCUGCACAUAGUUACCAGGAGGAGUCCGGCUUUUCUGGUUUCCGUGGAAGCGACGAGGAAGGUCUGGAGCCGCUGUCCCCCGCAGAAGACCUCGCAGGCCGCACCAUCGCCAAACCAGUCCCUCCCAGGUUUCAGAAGCAGCCACAUCACCAGCAACAGGAACAAUCAUACAAAAUGCAGCACUGGCAACAAUCCGGCCACACCUCCACCACCGGCUCCAACCACGCCCAGAGAGGUUACUACCCGCCGCACGUCCUCGGCUUCGACCCUCGCUGGAUGAUGAUGCCUCCGUACAUGGAUCCACGCAUGAACCAAAGCAGAUCUGUGGAGUAUUACUCGUCCUCAGGGAUGAUGAAACCCAUGAUUGCGCAGGAUCACAGCCCCCUGUCGGACGAAAGCUGUCACUCAAGUUUGCACCAGGAGAGGAGGGUGCCGUCCGAGUCCUGCACCAUCUGGAACCAGGAAGGAUACCCCCUCCGCAGCUUCACUCCCCCCUAUCAGCGACAACACGAGGGGUCCGAGAGUCUGCGCCGAGACGAAAGGGGUGACAUGCCCUGCCCCCAACAUGAUCCUUACGAGGAGAGAGCUAAUAAAGAUCGCCUGGACCGUCUGCAGGAGAAUAUGCCUUGUCAUUCAUACCACAACAGAGGGCCAGACCGAGAACACAGGCACCAUGAUGAAUUACUCUCUCCCGCUCACCCGCCCCAUCAUGCAGACGUGGAAUAUCAAAGAGGGGAGCACAGAGAGAAGUACAUCAGAGAGGCAGUAGAGUCGCAUGACGAGGCACAAGACAAGGAUCUUUGGAAGAGGGAAUCGUUGAAAAAAGACAAUAGUCAAUGGUCUGAACCUAGCUCCAGCUGCAGCAGCGUCGGGCACUCCUCUGAGACGAGUGGACGAAUGCUAACCCGCAGGACUGGACCCAUCAAAAAGCCCAUUCUCAAAGCUCUAAAAGUAGAAGAUAAAGAGAACGAGAAGCCCAAAUCGGAGCCUGACGAGAAGCCUGUACCGUAUCGCCUUGAAAAAGAAGUCCUCACCAAUGUGUAUGACCUGAAGAAGGACAACCAGCCUGCUAACAGCCGCCGCUCGGCCUCGCCUGCGGAAAAACAACCAGAGGAGCGUUCGCGUCUCUCUCCAGCCCCUGUCAAAACUGAGAAACAGUUGAGCACCCAGAAGGAAGAUUUUACAAAGGACAACAGCUGGGAGAACUGCAAGAGUCAAGCGUCCAGAGACAGCUAUGAAAACCCAGAACCGCAAUUGCAUCGACGCAAUAAUUGGAUAUUUAUUGAUGAAGAGCAAGCCUUCGGAGGGGGGAGGGGCAGAGGUGGCAGUCGCGGCUUUAGGGAAUUCAACUCUCGAGGCGGCGGUAGAGGUGGCAGACCUGGAGACGGCCUCAGAGGAACGUACAACAACAACAACACGACUGGAAGCGUCCCUCACCGGGCGGGCAGAGGCCGAGCGGUGCCCAGAGAUCACGUAAAGAUAGAAGAGUUCCAGAGGGGGAAGCCACGGCGACGGAAUGUCAGCGAAACCUUAAGCGAAGCGUCAGAGUACGAAGAGAUGCCCAAGAGACGUCGUCAGAAAGGCUCGGAGAAUACAGAACUGAACACAGAGAGUGACGUACGCAAAGCUGAUCGUGAUUCUUGGAGAUCGAACAAGGUGUAUACUGACGAACAGCCGCCCUCCGACUCCAGAGACAAGGCUAAAGCUAGGGCUAUCGGGGCUCGCGCUCUCCCCCCGAGGCUCAACGUCACCGGAGGCUACAAUCGAGGUGGUUACGGUGGCACCAGAGACAUCGCCUCUUGGAGGGGCAGAGGAGGUCAGUUCGCUAACAGCGGCGGGGUAAUGCAAGAAAACGGGUACGACCCUGGACAUGAGAAUCCAUACUCUCGCAGAUCUGCUGUCGAACGCGAGAACCUGAAAUACCCGCCAAAAUUAGGAGUUCCCCUGAAUGAGAACGGCACAGAAGAUCGCGAGGGGGAGUACUACUUGGAUAACGAGAACCCAGACAGACAGGUCUUGAGGAGACGAAGGCCCCCGCGUCAAGACAAGCCCCCACGCUUCCGAAGGUUAAGGCAAGAGCGAGAGCCGGGGUCAAACCAAUGGGCGAGCGAUGAGUAUUUGAACGGCGAUGUUUCGAACUGGCCUGCGCGAACCAAAGGCGACGAAGGCUGGCCCAGUGGACACUACCCUACAGGACGGUCAGGGCAGCACGGUCAGGCAGAAGACUGGGAGACCGGGUCCGACAACAGUGACUUUGGAGACUGGAGGGAUAAGAGGACUGGUGGAGGAGGUGGUGGCGCGGCUCAGCAAGGCCUCACCGAGAUCCCAUCAGACAUAAGUCACGGUGAAGCAGGUUUCAACGAGAAAAGGGAACUCUCCAAGAGAAGCUUCUCCAGUCAGAGACCCCUCGUGGACCGGCAGAACAGGAAAGGAGAGCAGCCUCUGAUGGAGACAAACAAGAUCUCACGUACACCGGAAAAUCUCCCCCCAACUUCGUCCAACAGAAGUGACAAUUGGCCAAAUGGAAAUGUAUCUUGUAGGAGAACUCUGGAUGAGCCUGGAUCAGUGUAUGGCCUCGACCAGUCUGAGGACAGGCACUCCAAUGACUCAGCUGGGAAGAAACUAAACAAGGACCUGAAGCAAGGACCUGGGAAGACCGACAUCCCGUCUCUGUCACAAUACGAGCUCGGCAGCUACCAAAUUGAAACUGACACAGGAUUACCAGUCCCAAGCUCCGAUAGUUACCAAGAAGCAUUGUCUAAGAAGCAGCGACAUCCACCGGAGGAAGAUCGGAGGAGAAAGGAACAGGGGGCAACAAUGCCCGUGAAGAGCAGGGUGAUGGCGUCCAAGAUCCCGCCACGCUUCGCCAAAAAACAAGGAAGUAUGACGAUGGAGCACCCGGAGGAGGCUCUGUCCUCCAACAAUCUGGGAACGGAGAUAUGGGAAUCCAACAGCUCGGGUCUUUCAGUUCCAGCUUCGGGAGGAGAUUCUUGGACGAAGCAGGUCUCGUACGCGGGGAGUGAGCCCAACUCGGAGGAUUCCGAUGCUAGUCCCGAUCCAAGCAAAGAACAGCACAAGCCAGGCCCCAUCGGGAACGAGAGGUCUCUGAAGAACCGUAAAGGCUCAGAGGGAGUGGACCGACUGGAGGGGGGUCCCAUCACUCCAGUCAACGGGGUGGACCUCCAUGUGGACAGUGUGCUGCCUGUGCCUCCCAUCGAGUUUGGGGUCAGUGCCAAAGACUCCGAUUUCAGUCUGCAGGCGGGAUCCACUCCAGUCCCUGUGUCCAAUACUGUCAACAAGCUUCAAGAUGCACUUACUAAUAAUACUGGGCUCAAUCAAAGCAUCCCAAUGCUCCGCUCGAACCAUCUGCAGCCUGGAAUCAACCUCAACCCUCUGUCGUUCCCUUCUGCCGACUUAACGUUGAAAAUGGAGUCGGCUCGAAAGGCCUGGGAGAACUCUCAGUCUCUGCCGGAGCAGGGGUCUCCUGGGGGCAGCUCCGGCCCUCAGCCCCCCUGCAGUGUGGGCUCCUCCAGCGGCGUCAGCUACAGCUCGUUUGGGGGCGUGUCCAUGCCGCCGAUGCCGAUCGCUUCAGUGGCUCCCUCCAUGUCCAUGCAAGGAAACCACAUCACGCCGUUGUAUCUCGAUGGUCACGUGUUCCCGAGUCAACCUCGCCUCGUGCCACAACAACAGACGUAUCAACAGGCGGCUGCCCAGCAGAUCCCCAUCUCUUUGCACACGUCUCUUCAGGCCCAGGCUCAGCUCGGUCUUCGAGGAGGUCUCCCGGUCUCUCAGUCUCAAGAGAUGUUCAGUUCUAUUCCCUCUUUCAGGUCCCAGGUUUACAUGCACCCCAACCUGUCUCAGGCCAACCCCAUGGUCCUGUCGGGAGGAGCCCCCCUCAAAGGGCCCUACUCAGGGUUUCCUGGUAUGCAGCCUUCUGACAUGGUGAAGCCUCAGUCCAGCUCUCACUAUCAGCCCAUGAACGGAAACCAGCCCAUGGUCUACGACAACCAGAUGAACCAGGGACCAGGAAUGGGCUCGUCACAGUUAAUGGACUCUCAGCUCAUCCAGGUGACCAUGCCUCUGCCCGGCUCCCAGCUCCGUUACGGCUCCGCGCAGCAGCACCUGAUCCUGCCCCAGUCCAUCCAGCUGCAGCAGGGACAGAACCUCUCCGUGGGGGCCCCUCGCCGCAUGAUGCCCCCGGGGUCUCAGGGGCCGGUGAUGAGCGGCAGCAGAGAGUCACAGAUGGACAUGAAGAGCUUUCAGUUCUCAGACAAACCCAGUCAUUCCCCGGGGAUCUCAGCAGCGACAUACAGACUUUCUGCUUUCAGACCUGGUUCUGCGAGUCCCAGUGGGAAGUCCUCUGGUCCCGGAGCCCCUCUGCCAACACACUUUUCACAACAGAUUCCCACGGCUCAGGGCAGUAUGAUGAUGCACAUGCGGCCCCCCACCUCUGGCCCCUUCCCAAACCCCAUCCAGAGACCAGUGAUGCAGGUCAACAAGUCCGUCAUCAUCCGCUCUCCCUAUUCCAACCCGGGCCGGGACCCCCCCCACCCCGCCCCCCCCUCUGCCCCAGAGUCCGGCCUCAAAGGACCAGAUGAGGGCAUGAAGACUAAAACCAUCCGAGACGUGCGUAAAGCAGUCGGCGAAGUCAAGGCACCAUCAGUCGGAUUAACCAGCAAACACCAGGAGCCUCUACCAGGGCAAGCCAAACCAGCACGCACCGGAGCGAUCAAACCCCAGGCUGUGAAAGUAGAGGAGGGCAAAGUGUAA